CGUAUGUUUUGUCUGUUUACCUUGGACUAAAAGCAAACCCACCCCCCAAACUUCUGAAUUGAAUUUAAUUAUAGCAAUAGGCAGUAGGGGGACAAGUGGGAUAAUGCGAUGUAGAUUUGGAGAUACGGAGACACAUUUUGGUGUUCUUGUGUUAAUACAAGUGAUGGGUAUGGCACAAGAGUUGCAUGUUCUUGCUGUAGAUGAUAGUCUUGUGGAUCGGAAGGUUAUUGAGCGAUUGUUGAAGAUUUCUUGUUGUAAAGUUACGGCAGUGGAGAGUGGAAGAAGGGCUUUGCAAUAUUUGGGAUUGGAUGGAGAGAAGAGUUCUAUGGGGAUAGAUGGUUUGAAGGUGAAUCUGAUACUGACAGACUAUUCUAUGCCUGGAAUGACUGGAUAUGAACUUCUCAAAAAAAUCAAGGAAUCAUCGGCAUUGAGCAAGAUCCCUGUUGUCAUUAUGUCAUCGGAAAAGAUUUUACCUCGCAUUGAUAGAUGUUUCCUUCCCAGAUGCUUGGAGGAGGGGGCUGAAGAAUUUCUCCUGAAGCCUGUUAAGCUGUCCGAUGUUAAACGCCUCAGAGACUUCAUACUGAGAGGCGAAGGGGAUGAUGACAAAUUAACAGACAAGAAGAUCAAAGAAGCAUGUUCAAGAAAGCGAAAAUUUCAGGAUGAUUCAACUACACAAGUUACAGCCCAUGACAUUGAAUCAUCACCGGAAUCUUCAGCAUCAUCAGAAUCUCAGCAGCAGAAGCAAUCCAAGAUUGGAUAGAACAUGAUAAAGAUGUGACGAUACAUAUUUUUUUGUGGUCUAAUUGAGCUAGUUGUCGUCGUUACCAUUCCUACGCUAGCAUCAUCUUAUGACACACACUGUGAACUUUCUCUUGUGUGCAUACCUCCAAAGUUGUACAUGUUUAGCUCUCCAUUUUGGUCCCCUUUAUGAAAAGAGAAAUGAGCUCUGUAGAAAUAGAUUUGGAAAUCCAAAUGAUUUCUUGUAUUCUCUUCUAACGACCUGGGGGGAUGUUGACAUUUUAACACACCAUGACUUGCCUUCUUAACAACCAAAUCUUGUAUGUUGUCAACUUUGUGUAUGCACGCUCGCUCGCCCGUGCAUCUGUUGUUACGUUUGAGCUUUUAGUAUCAACUUUCAUCAAUUUCACAGUACCAA